AUGAAGGAGACUUGCCACUUCUACAGUUUCUGGGUUUCCACUGGUGAACCUAUGACAGCGAUGAUGAAUCCAGUAAGAAAUAUCACUGUUCAUGUCCCCGACUUUUUUGAACGGAGGAAGUAAGAAAAUAUUUCUUUUCAGAUUCCCGGAACGUCAAUUCGCCCGCAUAUUUCUCACUGUUCUGUUUGUGAAAUUCCAACUCAAAUUAUUGCUGUUCAUUCUCAAGACUCGUACGUUCCAGAAUGUCCAGGCGGAUGUCGCCGUACUACAGUGGCUACAGUUUCGCUAUGGUAAGUAUAAGACUGAAAAAGACGAGAAAUAACCUUUGGGAAACAGCCGGUCACAUCUAGAAAUGAAAAACACAAUGCAAAACCUGCAUUUUGUGGUUCCUAAGUUCGUUACAAUUUUAGAGCUCUAGUGAAAGUAACACGUGCAUAAUCGCGAAUAGUAAAAGCGAGUCAGAAUAACGGCAUAAAAUUACCCGCAGGAAUUCAUUUCCUGACAAAAAAAAAUAAAAAACAUUUUUUUCCGUCGAAUCUUCGAGAACAAGACGGAAUGCCAGACGAGGGCUUUCGUAUCGGGACGCAGUAAAAACCCAUUUUUUGAUUAGAAACAAGGAAAGGAUCAUACCUGCAAAAAAGCCUUCAUUCGUAUAAUAAAUAUAUUCCAGCACACUGGUGCGGGAAACAGUUCCGCAAGCCGAUGCCGCAGACCUUGAAGGCCGGUGGUUUGAAGGACCGUGUCAGCCUGGAUAG